UAGCUAGAAGUCUUGGCUAUGAUACAAACAGUGAUGGAAAACACAUGAGCAGUAACAAGUUUUAAUCUCGCUUCUCAGUACUAACAUGGGCUAAUCUGUGGAAGCAGCUUAUUCCAGUGUCACCCAGGGUGCAGCCACACCAGGCUCUGUAGAAGGGUGUUUUUCUUUUAAAUGUAAUACCUUCUCAUAUUUUCUUCUUAAAUAGUAGCUGAGGACAUUUACGUUAUAGAUUUGUAGUACAUGGUGGAAAAUUCUACUUUCAAGAGGAUUUACUCUCUUCUUACAAGAUUGGUCCUCUACACAGGAAGACAUGAAGGAGUAUGUACUUCUAGUGUUCUUGACUUUGUGCUCUGCCAAACCAUUAUUUCACCCAUCAUACAUGACACUGAAGAAUAUGAUGCUGAAGGACAUGGAAGACGAAGGUGACAGUGAUGCUGACAACUCUCUCUUUCCAACAAGAGAGCCAGUUAACCCCUUCUUCCCAUUUGAUCUGUUUUCAACAUGCCCAUUUGGAUGCCAAUGCUAUUCAAGAGUUGUACACUGUUCUGAUCUAGGUCUGUCCUCCGUCCCAAGCAAUAUUCCAUUUGAUACUCGAUUGGUUGACCUUCAAAACAAUAAAAUUAAGGAAAUCAAAGAAAAUGACUUUAAAGGACUCACUUCACUUUAUGCUUUGAUUCUGAACAACAAUAAACUAACAAAGAUUCACCCAAAAGCCUUUCUAACCACAAAGAAGUUGCGAAGGCUAUAUUUGUCCCACAAUCAACUAAGUGAAAUACCACUUAAUCUUCCCAAAUCAUUAGCAGAACUCAGAAUUCAUGACAAUAAAGUUAAGAAAAUACAAAAGGAAACAUUCAAAGGAAUGAAUGCUUUACAUGUUCUAGAAAUGAGUGCAAACCCUCUGGAUAACAAUGGGAUUGAACCAGGGGCAUUUGAAGGGGUAACAGUGUUCCAUAUCAGAAUUGCAGAAGCAAAGCUGACCUCAAUUCCAAAAGAACUACCUUCAACUUUACUGGAGUUACAUUUAGAUUAUAAUAAAAUUUCAGUUGUGGAACUUGAGGAUUUUAAACGAUACAAGGAUCUGCAAAGGCUCGGUCUAGGAAACAACAGGAUCACAGAUAUUGAAAAUGGAAGUCUUGCUAACAUACCACGUGUGAGAGAAAUACACCUAGAAAACAACAAACUAAAAAAAGUGCCUUCGGGAUUACAAGAGUUGAAAUACCUCCAGAUAAUCUUUCUUCAUUCUAAUUCAAUUACAAAAGUGGGAGUGAAUGAUUUCUGCCCAACAGUGCCAAAGAUGAAGAAAUCUUUAUACAGUGCAAUAAGUUUAUCCAACAACCCGGUCAAGUAUUGGGAGGUACAACCGGCAACAUUUCGUUGUGUUUUGAGCAGAAUGAGUGUUCAGCUUGGGAACUUCAGAAAGUGAUAAUUAGUAAUUAGUGGUAUACAUCUAAUAUAAAAUUCAAAAAUUGUUACAUUUGGAAUACUUGAACUCUAUUAAUAAUGGUGGUACUGUGCACCAAUGCAAAAAUCUAUUCCCAUGUGGUUAAGUCCACUGACUUAUUGUACGACAAUAAAUUUCAACAGAAUUUUGCAAAAACUAUUGAUACAUCAGGAUUAAAGGAAAUAGGCAUUUAUUGCAGUUUCCUUUUACAUGUAAAUGAUUUUGCAUAAAUUUCACGCUUGAACGUUCUUUCUCAGUAACAAAAAUAAGACAUUCAGUAUUUAAAAUAAAAGACAUUCAGUAUUUAACACUUUGUUAUCAAGUGCAUUUAAAAAAGAACUGUACUGUAAAUGGAAUGCUUGACUUAGCAAAAUUUGUGUUCUUUCAUUUGCUAUUUUCUUUCAUUUGCUAUUAGAAAAAGAAAAUCAACAAGUACGGUUAAUAAAGAAUACAUUAUACUAUUCUUAUUCUGUCUUUAAAAACUUGGGUAUUACUGUAAUAUUUCUAAUAAUGUUGAAGUAUGAUUUGAUAUAAUCUUAUUCAAAUUCUCACAUCUUCAAGACUUACUGUCUUUAUGUUUAAAACUUCUUUAUAAUAGUCUUCAGUAAGUGUUUAUUACCAAGUCAAACAGAUGGCAUUCAUACAGAUGUUUUUCAAGCUGUAGCACAAACUUUUUAAUUAUUACCUGAUUAUAAACUCUCUAUAGAAAUGCAUAGUGAGUGUUUAUAUAAAAUCUCACUUUUUUUUAUUAUUACAGUUAUUAUAAGCUUUUAACAGUGUGUCAAUUGUUAGGUUAUAUAACACUGUCUCUUCAAUGCUAACGAAUAUUUUCAAGCUGUCCCUUUGUAAGACCUUGGUUGGAAGAGACUGGAUACUAUCAACUCUACACCAAACAGUCUCCUUAAAUAUGCACAGACUGGAUAACUCUGAAGAAAACAUCUUGUGUAACUGAAUAGCCAGAGCAUUAAAUAGAAACUAGCUCUGUAUAAAAAUUAACAGUACUUACAUAUGUAUUUUUUGGUGUUCAACAAAAAUAAAACUAAAAAAAUAAGGAAAACAUUAAAAUAUUGGCUUGAAAUAAAAUAUUUGUGCUUUGGUUUUUCUUCCCCCCACCCAGAAACAUAAACUAUUUUUCAUAAAACUCUUGUAUGUAACACUUUUAGUACAGUGUUAAUGCUUAUUCUUAAUAAUAGUAUUGAAACAACCCAAAUCAUACCUGUGCUAUGGGAGCUAAUCACCUUUAUAGUAAACCACCUCAAAAACUAGACUUCAAAUAAUUUUGGGGAGAGCCGUAUAUUGCAGACACAUAAAAAGGGGUGGAGG